AUGGCUUCGCUUGAAGGCAAGGUGAUCGCAGUGACUGGCGCGGCCAGCGGGAUCGGACGCGCUGUGGCACGAGAAUGCGCAUCUCGUAAUGCUCGAUUAGCACUUGCAGACGUACAGCGAAAACAGCUGGAAGAAUUCGCCAAAGAGCUUGAGUCGGAGGGCACAGAAGUCACAGCGACGGUCGUUGAUGUGUCGGAUUCCGACAGCGUAGACAGGUGGAUCGGAGCUACCAUCGACCAUUACGGCAGACUUGAUGGAGCAGCCAAUAUCGCUGGCAUCGAAGGCGACGAAAAGGUUUUCCUGAUAACCACUCGGUCUCUGUAG